GGUGACUACAAGAAGUCACUGUGUAUGUAAUAUUUUAUUUCUGAGAGCAGCUUCCAUCAGCGCAUCAGAGAGAGACAUCAGAGUUAAGUAAGAAGAGAAGAAAUCACCAGAUCACACCCACAAUAUCAGUUUCAUCUAACACAGCAAAGAUGAAGUGGAGUCUGUUUCUGCUCAGUCUGAUGGGUCAGUGUUUUCUCUCCACAUGUUGCCUCUAUGAGUACCACUAUAUCAGUGAGAGUAAGACCUGGAGUGAAGCUCAGUCGUACUGUAGAGAGAAGUAUACAGACUUGGCCAAAGUGUAUGACAUGACAGACAUGAAGAGACUCCUCGACUCUACAGAGAAUCAAGGUGAAGCCUGGAUUGGUCUGUACAACAACCCAGGGAAAGAAAACAGGAAGUGGCACUGGUCUCUACCUGGGGUGGAGUACAAGGAGGAUAGAAAGAACUGGAAUGGAGGCGAGCCAAAUGAUAUCAAAUCUCCUGAGAACUGUGUGAGGAUGAGCCCAAAGUGGGUGGACGUCCCUUGUGCUCAGACUUAUGUAUUCAUCUGCUAUGACGAGAGGAGGAAAUACAAUAAAACAUUCCACUUAAUUAACAAUAAGAAGACCUGGCCACAGGCUCAGAGCUACUGCAGAGAACAUCACACAGACCUGAUCAGUGGAGUCCAUCAGUUAGAAGAUGAAGAAUUCAAGACUCAGGGAAAGUCUAAGAGGUUAUGGAUCGGCCUGUUCAGAGACACCUGGAGGUGGUCCAGAUGAGAGCAGUUUCUCCUUCAGAUACUGGGAUCUCGAGUUGUUUAAAGAUGAACGUAACAAUAAAUGUGCUAUGACUGUGUUAGAUAGAUCAGGAAGAUGGAGCUCUGAUGAAUGUAAUAAAACAAAACCCUUCUUCUGUUAUGAAGAUGAAGUGAUCCUGAUCAAUGAAAACAAGACCUGGGAGGAGGCCUGUGAAUUACUGCAGAGAGAACCACUCUGACCUGGUCUCCAUCACUAACCCUGACCAGCAGAGAUGGGUCCAAGAGAGAGCCAGGAAGGCUUCAACUCCUUUUGUCUGGUUGGGACUGCGCUACACCUGCACUCUGGAUUUGUGGUUCUGGGUCAAUGAUCAGUUGGUCUGCUAUGAUAAGUGGGCCCCAGGGCAAAACACCGAGAGUUGUUACACAUCUGCAGCCAUGGAGAAAGAAGCACCACAUCAGUGGUUCCAUAAGGCUGAUACUAAUACAUUUAAUUUCAUCUGUGCUGUCAGAAAAAUGUAAAAGUCACCCUAACACAGUGACAGAUGUUUUACUUCUGGUGUACUUUUCUUAACUGCAACAAGCUCACAUUAUCUACUAUCUACUCUCUGAGUUUAUUUUUAGUUUGUUUUGGUGAAGAUGUGAUGAUUGUAAAAUAUGUAAAAUCCUAUUUCUAUCAUUAUCAUUUUUUUCAGUUUUAUGUAAACUGAUAAUUGAUUUCUCUGAUGCUGCUGAUACUGGUAAAUAAUGGUGUGUCUCUUUGGCAUUUUCUCUUUUUUUUACAUUUAACAUUUACAUGGGUGAUGCCUAAUUUCAAACUGAAAAUGCACAUUCCCAUUAUGUAACCUAUGAAAAGUAUCCAUCAUAACAGAACUUAUUAAAUAGUGAUAUUUAACAGUCACAAAAAUAAUUGUCUAAAACACGACUGAAUAAGUCCUACUAAAUGCAAAUCAGUAAAGAAGAAUAGUGGAAAAUGUAUUCAGAUCCUUUACUGGAGUAAACCUCUUAUUUAAUAUGUGUGUAAUUUUAAUCAUUAUAUACACUAUUAUUAGUUAUUUAAUAUGAAUGCGUAAUAUAUAAGCAACAUUAAUUGAAGCUAUUUCUAACUACUUUAAAGUUGUCUAUUUUAGUCAAAUGGUGACUAACCAUAGGAUAUGCUGACCUCGCUCCAAAUAGUAACAAGAAAAGACACUCUUUUUUUCCCUCUAUUUUUUAAACUCUUUUGUGAAACAGUAAUAGAAUUACACAUAGACACCUGGAAUGUAACUAGACACCACCGUUUCAUGGUUUUUGGUUUGUUUAUUUGGUUAUGUAAAAGGCCACACGCCUCUUACAAAAUCCAAGUAUUCCCUGACAGCAUUUUGACUGUAUCUGAUGUUAUCUUGUCUGUUUUUAACACGUACUACUCCCCUUCCUGGUUUCUUGUUUGUUUUGAUGCGCUUUGUUGGCCAGAUCGCCCUUGAAAAACAGAUUAAAUUUCAAGGGACUUUCUUGCUAAAUAAAGGUUAAUAAAUAAAGGUUAAGACGCCCAGAAGUAUAUGUAUAUUGUGUUAUAUAAGCUCAUUGUUUUUCAUGUUGGCGUAAAUGUAGUAGAGUAAAAAGAUGUUUCCCUCUGAAAUGUAGAGUACAAAUAGCCUUGAAAGUAGCAGGAAAUGUAAAUAUUCAAGGAAAAGC